UGUGGCCUGGACAACCCCCCAGCUAAGCAGCAUGAUGGUAGAACAAUACUUGGAUGGGGAACCUUCAAAGGGGUCCUGUGUGCUGCAAAAUGGGAAGUCAGUGAUUCAGCUGGAAGUGCUUUUUAGUAACAAAUCCAUGUCCCCGGCCAGGUUGAUGUCAACCCUGAGAUUCUUGUUGUUGGAAGUGAACAAAGAUGCAAAGCCCUUUAUGCAAGAGCUGAGGUGGUAAUCCAGAUCUCCUGGCCUCGGUCCAUUUGAGGUGACCCAAGACAGCCAGAACAAACAACCUCAAGGCCACUGGCAGGGCUGACAGCUGAGAGCUGCCUUCUCUGUCUGCUUCAGCCCUACACUGAGGCAUCAAAACUGCAGUGCCCGUGGAUUAUGACCACAGGGGGGUUGUGUUGCAUCUGCAAAUCUCUGUUGUGCAUCAAGGGCACAUCUGAACAGGGCCAGAAAGUGUCCUGUGCUGUGGGUGGAAGGGGGAGGAGGUGAACAUGAGACCAGGAGCUAGCUGGAGGCCCAGAGGUUGCUGCAGUGUCUUGAAAAGCAAGGCAUGAAAUGGUCGCCAGAAAGAAAGAGGAAUCUGUUCCUAUGCACAGGGUUUCAUACAGGAUGGCAUGCAAAAGGGAUGUAAAAUCAAGCCAGAGCCACUGUGGACACUGAAGAGCUGGAGAGGACGCUGCAGAGGUUCGGAGGCACACCGUGAUGGUGGGAGCCAUUCCACGGCAGCCACGCCGCUUCUGGGGGGUGCCUGACUGGCAGGUGUCUUCAGCUAAUUGUGCCAACGACCGCCUGCUGUGCAGCAGGGAGGUUAAUCCGGGGCAGAGCAGGGUCCUGCUGCAGAGGGAUGCUGUGCUGCAGAGAAGGUCAUAGCAGAGUGCUCACACAGAGAUCCUGAGUGAGAGACGGACUGGCUCCCACCCCCUGUCCUUGCACCCUGUGGCACUUUACAGUCCCCCUGCCUCUGCUGCAUGGGCUCUGCUUGGAGUCCCACAAAGUGAGGCUCCAUGCGGCACAUCCACACAGAGACGUCUCUGCCCCCAGAGCGCAGCACAGACCCCAGCCUGUCCCGGCCCAGCGGGGAGACACCCUUGGAGCCUUCCUCGCAGUGCUGCACCCACCGCAGCAUCCUCAUGGGCUACAAUGAGACAGAGAUCAAGCGCCAGAAGGUUUACCAGGUGUCCAUCUUCUCCCAUCUCUCCAGCUCCUCCGAGAGCGCAGAGCAGCGGACAGGCGCCCGGCCAGCUGUCAAGAGGGGAUACCCUGAGCAGCGAACUCCAGAGGGGGGACGAGAUCCCAAACGAACUCACUGGGGUGACAGGGGGGUGGAUGGGGGCCCUGGGCAGCCUUCUCUGGAUGAUGAUGAUAUCUUUGAGGAUGGUCUGCUGGUGGAGGAGCUCUCCCUUUGUGGCUCUGCCCAGCACUUCUCCCACAGUGGGCUGCGGGUGGUGGAGCACCGCUGUGAGGGCAGCCCUAGCCACAGCCCCAAGGCCAGCAGAGAGGACAAGUCGCAGGAUGUCUCCUCCUCCUCUUCCUCCUUCUCCUCCUCCUCCUCCUCCUCCUCCUGGCCCCAGCACAUUGCUUGCAGUACUUUGCACAUGAGAGACAGUUGCCCUGUCUCAUCAGGGGAUCAGCCCAUAGACUAUGGAGAGAAUGGGGAGCCAGCAAGUGGCCACAAUGUACUUCACCUUGAAUUGCACAGUAUUGCACAAACAACCCAGUUGGACCCUGGUGGGAAGAGAGAGAAGCCAGGGAGCAGCCCAGCUCACACCAGCAGGGCUAGUGGAGAAGUGGAAGGGCCAGCAGUGGCCAAUGGGUGCAGGGAGUCCCCGGUUCCGCAGACAGCGCUCAGCCCCGAGCCAAGCAACCUGAGCUCCCAGGAGAUGACACCCUGUGGGAGCAGCCAGCUCAGCAGCACCUGCCCAGCCAAAAGGAAGUUGCUGCCUGCUGGGGAGGUUACAGCCGACUCCUGCUCUGAGGAUGAGAGCCUGUCCCCACCAGCAAGAAAGAAGAGGGUCCUGCCAUGCCAUCCUGUGCCCACAGCCUGCCGCAGCACUGAUGCCAAGGGAGCUCCGUUCUGGAAUCACCUGCUUCCUGCAGCCAAGAGCUCUUCAGAUUGCACUGCGGUCGGGAGGAGGCUGAAGAGUGGGCUGCGCCUCAAAUCGCGACAUCUCCGGAGCAGUCUCCGGAGAGGCACCAGGUCUCCCACAGCACCCUGGGCCACCACCACUGUCAGCCAUGCUCUGCUGGGCAACUUUGAGGAGUCCAUCCUGAAGGGGCGCUUUGCACCAUCGGGGAGGAUCGAGGGUUUCACGGCAGAGAUCGGUGCCAGUGGCUCCUACUGUCCCCAGCAUGUCACCCUGCCUGUCGACGUCACCUACUUCGACAUCUCUGAACACAGCGUGCCCUCGCCUUUCCUGGGAGUGAUUGACUUGGAGGCCUUGGGAAAGAAGGGUUACAGUGUCCCCAAAGCUGGAACCAUCCAAGUGACCUUAUUUAACCCCAACAAGACUGUGGUGAAGAUGUUCUUGGUGACAUACGACUUCCAGGACAUGCCAGCCAAUCACAUGACCUUCCUGCGCCAUCGCAUCUUCCUGGUGCCCGUGGGGGAGGAGGAGGGCUCCACAGUGGCCCCCAGUGACCCACUGGGCACCAGCCCACCCCGCAGAGUCCUCUGCUACCUGAUGCAUCUGAGGUUUCACAGCUCCAAGUCGGGGAAGAUCUACCUUCAUGACGACAUUCGGCUGCUUUUCUCGCGCAAGUCGAUCGAGGUGGAUUCGGGGAUCCCCUACGAACUGAAAUCCUUCACAGAGAUGCCGCGGAACCCCUGCUACUCACCCCGGGCCUGAUCUUCUUCACCCCCCGCCCCCCAGAGUCACUGGGGAGCCUGCAGCCCAGCACUCUGGGGAGAAAUGAGUAAAGGGCCAGCAGGCACUGCUUAGCGAUAUCACCCACCUUCCUGACCAGCACAGACACCACGCUCCCUGGGCUGGGAUCCCUGGGGGCUUCACCAAGAGGGGCAGGGGCUGAGCAGCAGCCCUGGCACUCCAGGGAUCUGCCCAGGCCUUCUGCUGGCACUACUCCCAGCUUGGAAACUUGGCUGUGGGUGAGGUGGGUGGGUGUGGAAUGAAGGGUUGGACUGGAGCUGUAAGACCACCCACAGUGGUCCUGGGUCUGGGAGCAGAAAGUGUGGAAGAGUUUGUAUUUAUUAGUAUUUAUUGUUGCUGGGAGCACAGAGGAGGCUCGUGCAGAGGAUCAGAGGUGCUGUGCUCAUCCUUCCCCCCAGCCCUGCCUGCACCAGGCUGCCUGUGUUUGGGCAGGGCUGUGGGGACUGUGAGGAUGACUAGGGACAGGGAUGCCUCAGCCCAUGGUAGGGACAGUGACCCAGCACUCACAUGGGGUGCAGCUCCCAGGUCAAGAGUCUUGUGACAGGCUGAGCCUCGCUGGCACCACCUUUUCAGGCCCAGCCCAAUUCCAAGUAGCCUGGGGAGGCCUGCGAGUCUGUUAGGGCAAGCCAGACCUCAAAAGGCCUAUGGCUGUCAAGGAAGUGGCCACUGCCAGGUUCCUGAAGGUGAGAGACACAGCUGCCACGUGGAUGGGGACCUGGGGCUCUUUGCAGGAAUAUGGGGAUAGCCCUCUGGGCAAGAGCCUCCAGAGCACGUGAGCUGUGGAUCUGAGAAGAUUGCCAAAAAAAAAAAGGAACCUUGCAUUGUCUGCGAGUGUGGGGUGAAUCCCAAGCAGGAGGCAGCUUUGGACAGGGGUCUGCUGGCAGCAUGAUCAGGGGUUGGAGGAUGGUCAGGAGCCCCAGAUUAGUCCCUGAGAAGCAGGGAAGCAACAGAGACAUCAAACUCUGGGAGCCGGGCUGGAUCCUCAGGAGCAGGACUGGUAGAAUCCAGAGUGGGGCAGUCAGAGGGGCAGGGCCAAGCUUGCACAUAACCCGUGGGGUAUGAGACCCUUUAUACCUCUGAGGGUCUCGGCAAGGCUCCCCCUGCCAGCCCAGGCUGUGGAGACCCUCAGCCCCUCUGUCAGAGGGAACAAGAGGGGGACAGGCCUGACCGCAUCAACUCCCACCCCUGGGGCUGAGCCCCCAGCGCGGGGGGCUCAGUGUGGGAUGGGCCAGGAUUGAGGGGUGUGGGGGCGAGGUCCUGCUCUGCCCUGUCCGGGGGCGGCCAAGGAGCUCCGGCCCUGUUGCACUGGGGUUAGGAAGCCUGAACCUGCCCAUAUACUCACAGUGGGGGCCUGACGCCCCCAAACGUAGGCUUUGAAACCCCCUCGCACUGGGGUUGCUCCCCCUAAGCCGAGACCCUGACCCCCAAAACCGUGGGUCUGAA